AUGGAUGUUUUGAUGGGAAUACAUGUUCCUUUUAAUGUGCCCGUGGAAUCUACCCCAUAUAAAGGGAUGGAGUUUGAAGCAAAUGAGAUUGCAUAUGAUUUUUAUAAUGAAUAUGGCAGAAAGGCUGGUUUUAGUAUUAGAAAAGAGUAUGUAAAUAAAUGUAAAAAGAUUGAAGUGGUUACUUUAAGGAGAUUUGUGUGCGUGAAGGAGGGAGUUCGAGGCAAAGACAAGAGAUAUCAGAACAUAAAGAAGCCACGAGCAGAAACAAGAUGUGGUUGUGAAGCACGUUUGGUUAUUGUACUUAAUCGAGAUAGUAAAAAAUAUGCGGUGAAUGAAUUUAUUGCGGAGCAUAACCACUAUCUCCACUUCCCAUCAACUGUACACAUGAUGCCAUCACAACGGAAAGUGACUGCAACUCAUGCUAUUGAAAUUGAUUUGGCACAUGAAUCAGGAUUAAGAUUAAAGCAAUCUUAUGAGCUUCUUUGUAAGCAAGUCGAUGGAUAUGAUAAUCUUGGUUUUACCAAGCAAGAUCAUAAAAACUAUUUCCGCACUAAGCGAUAG